ACAUUGGUUGUGCGUCAUUAAUAGAAACGCCGCGAAUAUUUUGCCAUUGAAAUUUUCAACCUUUAAUUUCGCAACGCGCAAAAAGAAUACAAACAGCAGAUAUGUCGGGCACUUCACAGAAAUACAGGAACUUUGUGGCUGAGCCAAUGGGCGACAAGGCGGUGACGGAGUUGGCCGGAAUAGGUGAAACCCUCGGCGGACGCUUGACGGAAGCUGGAUUCGACAAGGCCUAUACCGUUUUGGGGCAGUAUCUGGUUCUGAAGAAAGACGAGGAGCUGUUCAAGGACUGGAUGAAGGAGGUGUGCCACGCGAGCUCUAAGCAGGCGUCCGAUUGCUACAACUGCCUCAAUGACUGGUGCGAGGAGUUCUUGUAAAGGAAUCUAGUUCGAGAAAUUGUGUAUAUUGAUCAAAAAGAAUCUGCAAAAGGAAAAGGCAUUUCAUUUAUAUUCGUAGUCCAACAAAGUGGCGCCAUCCUAGAUAAGCAAUUGAUGUAUUCAUGUUCGUAAUGCUGUUAGUAUGUAGUUAAGAUAUAAUUUAAAGUCUAACCUGAAUAAAUGUACAGUCCUGGAAGGAGUCCUGAGGGUGGCCUUCGAUUUCUAUAGCGGUACA